AUGAACUACUUGUUGUCCCAAAAGCACCCCAUGCUCAUUGUCCCUCUCAAAGCCCAAGACGUUUGGAACCUAUAUAGCAUCAAAGACAACAAGCUUCUUCCCUUGCCAUUCCAAGUACCAUACGUUGACCAAUUUGUAGGCUCUUCCAAAGGAUGGUUGGUCACCGUGGAUGACAAUUUAGUUGUUUGUUUACUCAACCCAUUGUGUUUGGUCCCCGGGAAACAAAUCGGUUACGAUCCGAAUACUUACAUUACUCUUCUUCCGUUGGACCCUCCAUGCAGUGUUUUUAAUCACAUUUGCAAGAUUGUACUUUCUGCUAAUCUGACAUCAGGCCCCGACGAUUACAUAGUCAUGGCAAUAUUCGGCGCCGAUCAUCAUGUAGCGUAUAUUAGAGCAAAUAAAGAGAAAGAAUGGACUUACGUUCAUCAUAAUUGGGGUGUACUUCGUGAUCUUAUAUACUACCGAGAUUGCUUUUGUGCAAUUAAUUACAGAAGUGAAGUUAUUUAUUUUAACGUGGCUGAUAGAUCGUUUUUCAAGUAUUUGCCUAUAAAUUGUAAUGUAAAUCUAGAAAAUUUGAAAGCGAAAAAUCUUGUGAAGUCGCUUGUAGGAGAGCUAUUGCUGAUUGAAAGAAUAAAGAGGUGGGAUUGGCAUGGGAAAUUGGGAUACAAUUAUACAAAAGGAGCCAAAGUUUGGAAUUUGAAAUUAGACUCGGAGGGAUGGGAAUGA